ACUCGUGUGAUUUAAAGGGGACGGCACACAAUACAAAAAUCAUUCUCUUUUGCUAAUACAUCUGUGAGUGCUUUUUAAAAUGAAAACCGGAGCUUGGGAUCGGUUAACAAUGAAGACUGAGGAUUCCCGUCUACUUUGAGAUGAAGACUCUUCUGUCUUACUGAACUUUAUGCCCAGUCUUUGGCUUGGCAGGGCAUUGAGGACACUCAGCAGAUCAUCUUUGACCAAACUUUCUAGAGAGUCUUUAUUCAGAGCAACACUCAAACACCAAUAUCUCCAGUGCUCGAGGACUCUUAUAUUUACCCGGGGCUCUGAAUCAAGCCCCAGUGGAGUCUUUUUCUCUGCGCCACACACUCCAGCGUUUACUUUAAUUUCCAGCUCUUAUUUCCACAUUUCCUGGCCUGUGUGGAGGAGUGAACAAGCGGAUAUGGCGGAGCAGAGAUACUGCGUGGAAUAUGCCAAACGUGGCACGGCAGGCUGCAAGAAAUGCAAAGACAAGAUCAUGAAAGGUCUGGUCCGGAUCGGCAAGAUCGUUCCAAACCCAUUCAGCGAGUCUGCAGGGGAAAUGAAGGAAUGGUACCACGUGAAGUGCAUCUUUGAGAAGCUUGAGAGAGCGCGGGCCACCACAAAGAAGAUUGAGGACAUCACUGAGCUGGAGGGAUGGGAGGAACUUCAGGAUGAGGAUAAAGAUCUCAUCAAUAAACAUGUUUCAGAACUGGCAGCUAAAGUUAAUUCAACCCCAAAGAAGAAAGUGCAAGCAAAGCUAAACACCAGCGGACAGCUGUCUUCGCCGCUAGCUGAUCCAACAGUCAAUGCUCCACGCAAGUUUUCUGGCUUCACAGCUACCAAGGCCGGUUCCUCUUCCUCCAGUCCUGGACCAUCUCCAGCCAAACCCUCUCAGGGUAGCGUUUUAUCAGCUCAGAUGUGUGACCCCACACAUAAAGACAACUUACUUCGCGAGUUCAGAAAACUCUGUGCUUUAGUUGCAGAGAAGUCAGGCUACAACGCCAAGACCGAGAUCGUCAGAGACUUCUUAACAAAAGGCUCAGGUGGAGACAAAUUCAGAGGAGAUUUGUUCCUGACAGUGAAGCUUCUUCUCCCAGGCGUGGUGAAGAAUGUGUACAACCUAAAUGACAAACAAAUCGUCAAACUUUUUAGCCGCAUACUGAAUUGCAAUCAGGAUGACAUGGUGCAAGACUUGGAACAGGGAGAUGUUUCCGAGACGGUGCGGAUGUUUUUCGAGGACAGCAAGUCUUUCCCUCCUUCAGCAAAAAGUCUUCUGACCAUCCAAGAGGUGGAUGCUUCACUGAGCCGAUUAUCCCAGCUCACAAAGGAGGACGAUCAGCAGGCAGAGCUGCAGAGCAUUGCUAAAAAAUGCACCGGGAAUGAUCUGAAGUGCUACAUUCGUUUGGUCAAACACGAUUUGAAAAUCAACUCGGGGGCGAAACACAUUUUGGAUGCUGUAGACCCCAAUGCCUAUGAUGCCUUCAAAGCCUCCCGGAAUCUCGGUGAUGUGAUAGACAGGGUUCUGCGUAACCAGCAGGAUGCUUCUAAUGGAACCGGCCCCCGAAAGAUCCUCAGCAUCGAGGCAUCUCUGAUGACCCCAGUACAGCCUAUGCUGGCAGAGGCAUGCAAGUCCAUUGAGUACGCCAUGAAGAAGUGUCCUAAUGGGAUGUAUUCUGAGAUCAAAUAUGAUGGCGAGCGCGUGCAGGUCCAUAAGAACGGCAAUCAUUUCAGUUACUUCAGUCGCAGUCUCAAACCAGUGCUCCCACAUAAGGUUGCCCAUUUUAAGGACUUUAUACCGCAGGCGUUUGCUGGUGGCCAUAGCAUGAUCCUCGAUGCUGAAGUUCUUCUUAUUGACACAAAGACUAGCAAACCACUGCCUUUUGGGACUCUUGGAGUACACAAGAAAGCAGCUUUUCAGGAUGCUCAAGUGGGCCUGUUCGUGUUUGACUGCAUUUAUUUUAAUGGUGUCAGUCUAAUGGACAAGCCUCUCUGUGAGAGAAGAAAGUUUCUUCAUGACAAUAUGGUGGAAGUUCCUAACCGAAUUCUGUUCUCAGAAAUGAAGCAUGUCACAAGAGCUCCUGAUCUGGCAGAAAUGAUCACGCGUGUCAUCAGAGAGGGGCUGGAGGGCUUGGUUCUGAAGGAUAUCAAGGGCCUUUAUGAACCAGGAAAACGCCACUGGCUGAAGGUGAAGAAAGACUAUUUGAAUGAAGGAGCAAUGGCGGACACUGCUGACCUUGUGGUGCUUGGAGCUUUCUAUGGCAAAGGCUCAAAUGGUGGAAUUAUGUCCAGUUUCCUCAUGGGUUGCUAUGACCCGGAAUCCAGGAAGUGGUGCACUGUGACCAAGUGUUCAGGAGGCUUCGACGACGCCAUGUUAGACAGGCUGCAGAAAGAUUUGGACGUUAUUAAAAUUGGCAAGGAUCCAAGCAAGAUCCCAGGAUGGUUGAAGAUUGUCAAGAACUAUUACCCAGAUUUCAUUAUCCAAGAUCCACAAAAAGCACCAGUGUGGGAAAUCACAGGAGCAGAGUUUUCCAAAUCUGAAAUGCACACUGCUGAUGGCAUAUCCAUCCGAUUUCCACGAUGCACCCGAAUGCGUGAUGACAAGGAUUGGAAGACGGCCACUAACCUUCAGCAGCUAAAGGAGCUGUAUCGCAUCUCAAAGGAGAAUUGUGAUUUUGAGGUGACCGCUGGUCCGUCCAAAGCGAGCCAAAAUGACAAGAGCUCCUCAGGAGGCGAGAGCGGAGGAAGCUCUCCAUCUGCAUCUCGCGGAGCGUCCACACCUAACAAACCCAAAAAUGGUCAUACCCCCAAAGCAAAGGCUGUAAAAACAGAAUCAUCUGCUCCGGCAGUUAAGAGGAAACUACCAGCUGAGAAACAAGAUGUUAAGAAGAUAAAAACAGAACCGGUUCACAGCAAUGGUCAAAGCAAAUUGAAGAGCGUUCCAACAACCGACCCGAAGCAAGAAAAGACACUACUGGACAUUUUCACCGGAGUAAAGCUCUACCUCCCUGAAUCGGUGAAAGACUUUGAGAAGCUCCGACGCUACUUCCUAGCAUACGAUGGAGACUUGGUGCCCGAGUAUGACUCUGCUUCAGCCACACACACGCUAGGACAGCCAGAGGACGGCAGUUCAGCCCAGAAGGUCACCUCCAACUGGAUCUGGGAAUGCAUCCGGAAAAGGAGGGUGGUUCCUCCCUGCUGAACAAACCACACAAAGAGACUGCUGGAAGGACACUAGCACAAAGCUCAGGUUUGCUGUUCUCUAACAAGCAACACCAAUAUAUUAAAGACCCCCAUAGCUUCUGCAAUACCGUGGUCACACAUGACAAACCGUGUUGAAUGAACUUUUUCAAAAGUUAGCUUCUGAAUAAUUUUGUGUUGGAUUUACCUCAUUGUGGUAUUAGUUUCUUUUGCUUUAAGUGUUGGUUUUGACACGGCAACGUUUCUCAAGAUGGCUUCUCAUAUUUAUGAUUUUAACCGUUUUGGUGUCAUUGAUUGACUAAUGCUGCCAUAUUCGUCACUAAAGUCAAUAUGCGUAAUGAUUUCAUGGUGCUAGUGUCAUUUAUUUGUUUUGAUGAGGAUCGGGUGUGUGGAGUGUGCUCUCGAGCGCAGGACGAGUGAUUAACAAUACGAUAGUAACAGCCAUGAUUGCGAAAUGAAUAAUUGUGUAGAGUAAAUUGGGUAAGAGCCCUCUUGCUAAGUAAUGGUAGUUGUGUGUAUUUUCAGCUGUUCCUGUUAUUACAAUUAAAACAAGCCUUUUUAUGCACAAAGACGUUGAUUUGUGCCUGAAUGACGUUGGUUGAGCACGCAACAGGGAACCUUAUUUCCAGAGUGAUUAUAUGAGUGUCUGUAGAACACGACGUUAAUUUUCA